GGCGGCUUUAAGGUCAAUCAUCUUUGCUGGUUCUAAAGAGGAUAAAUUAAAAAACAACAUUAAAUAAAUAUUUUAUAUUUCGCAGAUGCAAUAUUUUUCUAACCUUAAAAAGUAAAUAAAAAGCAAUAAAAAUCGUGUAGUUGGUACAGUACUUGUUAUUAUUUAUAAUAAGUAAUAAUGGAUGUUGUUAAAGUAGUUGGUAAAUAUCUUAAUACACCUGUUGGUACAGUAUGCUAUAACACCGACAAAGUUUUAACAACAGUAUUAGAUAAAGAAAAUGUUGAAGGUUUUGCCUCCAUCAUAUUGCGACUAGCGACAAAGAGUGGUAUUUCCAUGAGUCAAGUACAAACAUUGCUGAGUUAUCAGUGGUUGGAACAUUUGUCAAUGUAUGCAAACCAGGCGCAUGCUAAUACUAAUUUCGCUUUAAUAUUUCUCCAGGGAUUAAACAAGGGUUUACAGAAAAAUACAUUUUUGACAGGAAAUCAUUUGACGAUAGCUGAUGUUGCAGCAUAUCAUUCAAUUUAUCCUAUGAUGGAACGCCUUUCGAUUUUGGAGCAGGAAUCUCUCGUACAUGUGUGCAGAUGGAUAAAACACUUACAAUCUAAGCCUAAAGUAUGUGUAAACAAGCCUCCAUUAACAUUAAAUACAUUAAACUUAUCAAUUUUAGCUCCAGCGGUGCAUUAAGCAUCUAAAAUUAAGAACCAUGCUUUAUUGCCCAUUCCUGGGCCAAUAAAUUUACUUGCUUUAUUACUGUGUGUGUGAAAUUGAAAACAAUAAACUUUUUUAUUUAUUUA